AUGACGACCAAGGAAUCUCCGUCACCAGGAAAGGUGCCAGCCGCUUCAGGAGGGAAUUCGGAGUGGGAGAAAUCUCUCGAGGACGCUGAGCAGCGGGGAGCCAGACCCAAGCAAAUGGGCGGUGGAGGCAGACUACUGGAGGAGCUGUGGUUCCCACUCCCGGAGGAAGAGAAGAAACGCCGCAGAGCCGGCAGAGUAACAGCUUGGGACCAAGCUGUGGGAGAGGCCAUGCUGAGGGCGCCUAGGGAGGAAAACCUGGCAGAUGAGGUGGCAGGCCUUAAGGAGGAUUUGAGGGAACUGAAAUCCCUGAUGUCUCAACUAACUACCAGAGAGUCAGAGCAGCGGGAGAAUCACUCCACCCCCAAGCCGGCGACGGAUGCGUUCGGCGAGGGCUCAGAGGAGGAGAGCGACGAGGAGGCAGAGACUACCUUGAGCCCCCACUCACGACGCGGCGGUCUAAACACGGGCCCCAGGAGGGGGAGAGGAGAAACUGAGGCGCUGAGGGAGCUCCUGGCUAGCAAGCUGGAAGCCAAAUUUAACGGGGAUCCGGAACAGCUCCCUUUUUUCCUGGCUCAGGUGGCGGGACACAUGAGGACCAGAGGAGACUACUUCCCGGACCAAGGAGAAAAGGUGUGCUGCGUGGCUGGAAGGUUGGAGGGCCAGGCGGCCCAGUGGCUGGUGCAGCUCUACGACUGCAGGGCUCCGGAGCUGCAGAACUUGGGGGCCUUCAUGACAGCGCUUCGAGCACGAUUUGAAGAUCCCUUCCGAGUAGACCGCGCUAAAACUAAAUUCAUGACACUGCAACAAGGUAAACGAUCCGUGGGGGAGUAUGUGUUAGAGUUUAGAAGCGUGGCCGCGCAGAUCCCAGAUUUCCCAGAGCCCAUGCUGGUUCGUCAGUUUCAGGAUGGACUCAACUCCGAACUACUAGAGUGGGUGCUGAUGAGAGGGAACCCAGAGGGGCUGCAGGAAUGGAUGCGGUGGGCUGGAGAAGCCGAGACCACCAAGGAGCGAGUGCGACUGGCCAAACAUCGGGCGGCUCUUCAACAGGGCAAGGCUAUGGUAAAGCCCUCAGGAGGAGGCGCCCAGCAGCACCCAAAAGCGAUGAGGGAGUCUGAGAAACAGCGCAGGAUGAGGCUGGGGCUCUGCUUGGCUUGUGGCAUGAAGGGACAUCUCAUCGCCAAGUGUCCAGAAAGGGCCGGCGACAAGGCCACCGGCAAGGCGCCGCCGAGCUCCGGAGGGGGAGCGAGAAGGGAGACUGCGGGGCAAGUUACCCACCCAGGGACUGGAGCUCCACGUUUUGAGGCGCACCAGAAGGAUGCAGACCAGGACGGGAACAUCCCAACUGUGGUGAGUGGGGGAGUGCCCAUUUAUUUUUUGGAAGUGAAACUUGGGCACAAGCGCAAAGGAACUAUGGGAACUUUGCUGGCAGCCUUGGACUCGGGUUGCACCAGGUGCCUAAUGAGCCCUAAAACCGUGCAGGAAUGGGGCAUUAACCAAGAGCCUCUACCUGAGGAGAUCCCGUUCAUGCAGAUGGAUGGCUCCAUAAUGGGGGGGGGGGUGCCCAGUAGGACACAAACAGAACUUUUAACGUUGAAAAUUGCUGGACACCAGGAACCCAUACAGUUCGUAAUUGGAGCCACUCAGGGCUGGGACUUGGUGCUAGGCAUAGAUUGGCUGGCGCAGCACAACCCGGCUAUUAACUGGAGGAACAUGCGGUUGACUUUUAACGACCCAGGCUGCAAGCAGCAUCUGAGGUUGAAAGGACACUCGUCCGCCGAGGAUAGUCAAGCUUUGACAAUAAAAAUGAGGGGCCCCUGUGCCAUGAGCGCAGGGACCGGGGCCCGACCUCCAUUAGGGUUCCCAGAGGUAUAUCGAGAUUUGGGGGAGGUUUUUGAAGAAAAGGAAUGUGAUGUGCUGCCCCCCCACAGGGACACUGACUGCGCAAUAGAACUGAACCCAGGGGUUGCCCCACCUAAACCAAAAAUGUAUCCCAUGACACCCCGAGAAAUGAGCACGCUUAAGGAAUUUAUUGAGAAAAACCUGGCCAGGGGGUUUAUUCGCCCUUCCAGCUCGCCUUUCGGGGCUCCAGUGUUUUUCAGGGAAAAGAAGGAUGGAACCUUGAGGCUGGUAACGGACUAUAAAAACCUGAAUGCCAUAAGCACCUGCAGUAGAUACCCACUUCCCCUGAUGAAGGAUAUGCUGAGUUGGCUAUCCACAGGGAAGAUUUUCACUAAGCUGGAUUUGCGGGAUGCUUACUUCCGAGUAAGAAUCAAGGAAGGAGAUGAGUACAAAACCGCAUUCCAUUGUCCGCUGGGGGCAUUUGAAUAUUUGGUUCUUCCGUUUGGACUUUCGGGAGGUCCUUCUUGCUUCAUGAAGCUUGUACAUGAAGUAUUGCAUGAUUUGCUAUUUGAAGGAGUGUUAGUGUAUUUAGAUGACAUUUUGAUCUAUUCUCAGGACCUAAAUAGCCAUGUGCAACUGGUCAGAAAAGUGCUGAAAAGGUUGCUGGACCACAAAUUGUAUGUAAAACUGUCCAAAUGCCACUUCCACACAGAUGCACUUGACUUCCUGGGGUACAGGGUGUCUACUCAGGGACUGCACAUGGACCCCCACAAGGUCCAAGACGUUUUAAAUUGGCCUGAACCCAAGACGCGCAAGCAGGUGCAGAGGUUCCUGGGAUUUGCAAACUUUUAUAGACAAUUCAUCCCGGAUUUUGCUCAAGUGGCGCUACCUAUUACUAAUCUGUUAAAAACCUCGGAGGGGGAAGGGAGGAAGCAGCGAGGGCAGACCCCCAUGGGGACAGAGAAACCCAAGCCAUCUAACAAGAUUAACUGGACUCCAGAAUGCACUAAGGCGUUUGAAGCUUUGAAGCAGUUGUUUAGCUCAGAGUCAAUACUUAAGCACCCCGACCCCGAGCAGCCCUUCGUAGUGCAGGUGGAUGCUUCGGAUGCAGCAGUGGGUGCAGUGUUAUUGCAGCGGGAUGAGGGGGGCCAGCUCAGACCUUGUGCUUAUUCCUCCAAGAAGUUUGAUUCGACGCAAGCAAAUUGGCCAUGCUGGGAACGGGAAUCAUUUGCUAUUAAGUGGGCUUUAGACAUUUGGAGGCAAUUCCUGGAGGGGGCUCCCCACCCCUUCGAAGUAUGGACGGAUCACCGGAACUUAGAGGCACUGCAGACUCUGAGGCAGCUAUUAAGCCCAAAACAGCGCCGAUGGGCUAAAGAUUUCUUUAAAUUCAAUUUUACCAUAAAAUUCAUCCCAGGGAGGGAGAAUGGGCUGGCUGAUGGGCUUUCACGGAUGCACGGGCCUGGGGAAAAGGAGGAGUUGGAGAAACAGACCCUGUUCACAGCACAACAGCUGGGGCUGGGGGUGACCACACGAAGCCAGACAAAAAGGGAACAAGAGCGGGCAGUCGCAGACUUAGACCCCCUAUUACGAGAGAUCCUCCAAGCCUACGAAGGGGAUCUAGAACUUAAUAAAUUGAAAAGUGAAUUACAGCAGACGGAACAUGGAUUGUGGGGCAAGGACAAUAAGAUAUAUGUGCCCGAGAACUUAAGGGCUAAG